AUGGCAUCAAACAAUACACGUGCCUCGGAUCUACAAACCUCGCCCGUGCUUGGACCCCGGGACUUGGGUGCUGCGAACAUGGUGGAUGCACUUGACUCCACGGGUCACCAUACCAUCGAUCUCGACGUCAAGCUCGAUCAAGACAGCUGGGUUUGGCAUAACACGACCUAUCAAGAUCUCCUGAAAGCACUCCGAGAGAGAUUGCAGGAUCCCAAUGCACCGGGGCCAAAGGCAGAGUUCUAUACUUCCAAGACUGUAAUUCGAAUCGAUCCUGCAAACGGCGUACUGUUCUUCACGGAUGGUUCGCAAGCCCGAGGCCACGUUGUCAUUGGCGCAGACGGGGUGCAUUCAAUAUGCAGAUCUUUCGUCCUUCAUGGCAACGCACAGCGGUUCCGAAUCGAGCGAGGGGUUUUCAGAGCAGUCAUACCGCGCGAAAAGCUCCUCAGCGAGCCUGCAUUAUCCAGAUUCGUGCAAAACUUGGGACAAGCAUUCUGUUACAACCUUGGCGACAGGACCCUUCUAAUCUGGCCUGCAUCCGAGCAUGAGAGCAUCUGCAUAAACUUUCUCUACGAGGAUCUCAAGGGGUUCAUGAGCCUUUGCAAGGACUGGAGAGAGCCAUCCAGCAAAAUGAAAUUGCUUCGGCUUGCACAUGGGUUCCCGGAAGAAUGCAUCGCCUUGUUGGACAGCAUCGAAAGCGGUGUAUUGCAGGAUCUACCUAUCUGGGACAUGGACCCGUUGAACAACUACCACUUCCAACGACUCGUGUUGGUGGGUGACGCCGCACAUCCCAUGCCACCUUACUGUGGUCAGCGGGUAGCGAUGGCUCUAGAGGAUGCCGUGGCCCUUGGAGUACUGCUAGAAAGGAAUGUGCUCCCUGCCGAAAUUGAAGACCGCUUCAAGCUUUAUUCCGGUACACGAAGUUCACACUCCGCAGCAGUGCAGCAAUUCGUUCGAGGUCUCAGUGAGGCGGACAUAUGGGGUGGUGCCAGUGGUUUUGAUGGUAUGUCUUUCCAUGAUCUUGAUACUUUCUUAGAGCUCACCGAUUAA